CAAAUUGUUAUCGCGAGACUUCGGCCUCACUAUUAGCUGGGUCGCGCAGCCCGCCUGUCCUUUUCUCCAGCGCGGUGGUGGAGGGAAACAACAUCACAUUUACUGAAUUUUAUAUGGUCAGAAAUCUGUUUAAAUCAAAGGACAAUUGACAACAAAUUUGAGAGGGGCUUGGAGAACCCAUACCAGGAAUGGAUUCUCUCAACUAUGCAAGGGCAUCUGACUCAGCUGUGGAGAUUGAGAAUCAAAGUGAUAACUCUUCCUCUGGUAGCAGCUUAUUUAAAACUCAGUGUGUUCCUGUCCCACCUAAAAGGAGGCAAAGAAACCCUAUUAGAAAAUUUGUUCACACACCUGAAAGUACUCAAGCAAGAGAUUCAUCUAGUGAUUCAUCUAUAGAGCCAAGACCAUUGACUUUAAAAGCUAUUUUUGAAAGAUUCAAAAAAAAGAAACGUAAAAAAAGGAAAUAUAAGCCAACGGGAAGAUCAAGGGGAAGACCAAAAGGAAGGAGAAACACUAGAAGCUCACAAAUAAAUAAGAAACAAUUUAAAGACAAAGGACCUGGCUUCCCAUUUUUAGAAUCAGAAAAUGGAAGAAAACCAUUACCUUGGAGAAAAAUUUUAACCUUUGAGCAAGCAGUGGCAAGAGGAUUUUUUAACUACCUUGAAAAACUGAAGUAUGAAUACCAUCUCAAGGAAUCCUUGAAACAAAUGAAUGUUGGUGAAGAUUUAGAAAAAGAAGACCUUGAUAGUCGUAGAUACAGAUACUUGGAUGAUGAUGGAUCUAUCUCUCCUAUUGAAGAGUCAGCAGCAGAGGAGGAGAUUUCAACAAAUCUUGAACAUGAUGAAUGUGAUAUUAAAUUGGUGGAGGAUAAUUAUUUCAUAAUAAGUUCUGAAUUACCGAAGAAGAAGAAUGUAUAUUUGGAACAAGAGGAAUAUACUGAAGAAGCUGCAUUGCCUAAAAAGAGAGCAUCAAAAUCCAAAACACUGGACAGAGGACAGAAUGGCCUGAAAAUAGAUAGGAUUAUGACUACCAGACAAGGGCUGACUCACAUGAUAACUUCUUUUUGAAAGGGCUAUUUUAUCUUGAAGAUUAUGAGUUUGGCGGAACUAAGGUGAUUGGCAGUGGAAAGAAUCAGAACGUGUGAAAUUCCUUAAAAAUUUAUUGACUUAAAUAACUUUGUGUUACACAUAAUUAAAAAAAAAACCCUUUACA